GCCCGGGGCAGGCGCUGCGAGUCCCGGCAGCCCCUGCGGGCCGCGCCCCGCCCGCGCGGUGCCGGGAAUGCGGGCGGCCGGCGGAGCUAUGGCGUCCUUCCGCCUUGCUCUUAUCCAGCUUCAUGUAUCUGCUGCUAAAUCAGAUAAUCUCCAGCGAGCCUGUGGACUGGUGAGAGAAGCAUCAGCUAAAGGAGCAAAACUUGUGGCUCUACCUGAAUGCUUCAAUUCUCCAUAUGGAACCCAAUAUUUUAAGGAGUAUGCAGAGAAGAUCCCUGGGGAAUCAACACAAAAGCUGUCAGAAGUUGCAAAGGAGUGCGGCAUAUAUCUCAUUGGAGGAUCCAUUCCAGAAGAGGAUGGUGGAAAGCUCUAUAAUACAUGUACUGUCUUUGGGCCUGAUGGUGCUCUGUUGGCAAAGCAUAGGAAGGUUCAUUUGUUUGACAUUAACGUUCCUGGGAAGAUACAGUUCAAAGAGUCUGAAACACUGAGUCCAGGGAAUAGUUUCUCCAUGUUUGACACACCAUACUGCAAAGUGGGCCUGGGCAUCUGCUACGAUAUGAGAUUUGCUGAGAUGGCUCAAAUCUAUGGCCAGAAAGGUUGCCAGCUGCUGAUAUAUCCAGGAGCUUUUAACAUGACAACAGGACCAGCUCAUUGGGAACUCUUACAAAGGGGACGAGCUGUUGAUAAUCAAGUCUAUGUAGCUGCUGUAUCUCCUGCUAGAGAUGAAAAAGCAUCGUAUGUUGCCUGGGGACACAGCACUGUAGUAAAUCCAUGGGGUGAAGUCAUAGCGAAAGCUGGGGCUGAGGAAACAGUUGUAUACACAGAUAUAGAUCUAAAGAAACUUGCAGAAAUACGUCAACAAAUUCCUAUUUUAAGCCAGAAGCGUUGUGAUCUCUAUGGUGUAGAGAUGAAGAAGUGAAGCUGAGUGAAGAGGGAGGGUUCAGCUGUCACAAUGGCUGUUGCCUUCAUCUUUGGAAGGAUUUCCUUAAUAGUUGCUCCACAACUUACUGCCAAUGUGCCGGUUAAGAAACUACCAUGUAACAAAAAAACUUGGUGCAAUUCUAAAAUUAUUCAAACACAACUUUUAUAUCUCCUCUCAUACUUAAGUAUUUCAUAGUAUUUUACAGCUAGCAUAAAGGUGGAGAUGAAAUCAGUUGAACACAGCAGUGAUUGAUUUUUAUGCAUCAUAAUGUUUUAGUUACCUUUUGAGGGCUUUUUGGAGAACACAGGAAUGGAAAUCUUGUUCUCUGAAACUCCCUCUCAAGUCAGCUUUGGUAUUAUGAAUUUUUCAGUAAUUAUCAGAAAAUCAUGAAGCAUGACUCUUCUCACUCUGUCCUUUUUAGAUGUACAUGUCUUAACUAGGGUCCUUGAAUGCCCUAAUUCUAACUUGGAAAGCUUAAAAUUUAACACACUGAGCAAAACAGGCCCAAUUCUGCUCUGCACUACUUGGGACACCGCAAGAAGCUGCCAGACAGAGCUGCUACUAUAGAAGAAUCUGUAACAGUGUUUGGUUAUGAGUCUUGCCUGGAUAUAAGCAUUAAAUUCUCCUUAUGGCAAA